AAAAUGCAUUUAUCGUUUCAUAUUUUACGAUUGAUUAUAAUAUUCGCCUUUUUUUAUUGUACUGGUACAGUGGUUAUGAAUUCUUGUAAUGAUACUAAUUAUUUUAGGAAUAGAAAGAGAUUUACCUGAAAACUGGCCAUGUGAAUGGAACAACGGCACAAUACCAUUUGCUUACAACUUCUAUCUACUAAAUCCAAAUCGGUUGGUGAACGUAGCUCAUAGAGGCAUCAGAAACAUCGAAUCACAAUCUUGUUUGCAUUUCGUUGAAUAUAACCCAAUUGACUUGGCCAGAAAAGCGAAUGUCACCUAUCUCUUCUUCACAUAUUCCGAUGUGUUAGAGUAUUGCUGCUUACCUGUAUCCCCAUUUUAUAGACGACGGGUGGUCCUGAUAACACCCCUCUGCACGCUUCCAGUACAAGUCGCUCACGCUACGUUGCAUGCCAUGGGGCUGAAACACGACAAGCAUAAACCGUUUCCAGCAGAAAAAGUCUUACAAGUUCUCAAAUGUAAAAAUGAUUCUCUUCAUCCUGGCAGUUGAACGUUAUUUAAUACUAGCUGAUGCCCGCGACUUCGUCCGCGUGGAUUUAGGUUUUUCGAAAUCCCGUGGGAACUCUUUGAUUUUCCGGCAUAAAAUUUUCCGGGUGUAUGGUUUGGGUUGUAUUGGCUAACUUGUCAUUUUAAGAAUAAUAAAAGCUGAGUCACAGUUUAUUACUUAGAAUAACUACCGAGAAACGUAUGAAGAUAAUAUCUAGAUCUGUCUUUCAUUAGAGUUAUUAGACGUUAUGUAGACCUGAAAAGUUCUUAAGUUCUUUGCAGUAUUGAUAAAGCUCGACGAUUUAGAUUGCAAUACUGCAAACAGAAAUACAGGUAAGUAUUUCUGUGACUGCAAUAAUUUUUUUACACCUUUCGCAAACAUGGCACGUAAGAAAACUGUGUGCAUUAUAGUUUAUUGAGCAGCGGGCAAUAUAAAAUGAAUUGCGCUAGAAAUUGAAUUUCGAAACUGGUUUGUAUAACAACAGCAAACAAUAUCGCGGAAAUGUUAUUGGUACUAGCUUUUUACUUUAUUUUACCCACUUCCAAAGUAGGGCGUAGUGAGAACAUAAUUUUUUAUACGUGAAGAUUAUCUCCUUGGCGUCGCUGUGGUCUUGUAAAAGGGUUUGAUACUAAUUGGCAAGGCUAAUUUGAAAAUUUUAUUCGAAUGUUUAUG